AUGGCCAAGAUCAUCCUCUAUACAAACCGUGGCUGUCCCUGGGCUCACCGGGCACACAUUGCGCUCAAGGAACUCGGCCUUGACUACGAAGAGAUCACCAUUGAUCUGAACAAGCCUCGGGAGCCAUGGUAUCUGGAGGUUAACCCGCGCGGUCUUGUCCCCAGUCUCUCGUAUAACGGCAACAUCAUCCUCGAAUCGGCCAUUGUCGCGCAAUUCCUCGCCGACUCGCACCCGUCGCACCUGAUCCCCGCAACCGGGAACCCCGAGAACAGCCUGGUCCGCGCCCGCAUCGCCUUCUUCGUCGACACCUUCGUGAGCAAGAUCGUGCCGCAUUUCCACACAGCGGUGCGCACCGAGUCAGAAGAGGCCCGCCAGGAAGCCAGCGAGGCCCUCGCUGCCGUCAUCGCAAAGGACAUCGAGCCCCUCCUGCCUGAAUCGGGCUUCUUCGGCGGCAGCGAGCGCCUCACCCUCGCGGAGGUCCUCACCGGAUCCUUCCUUCUGCGUAUCCUCGCCUUCUCCAAACCGGAACAUGGCCUCUUGAGUCCCGCCCUGCCGGGCCUCCUUGCCCAGUCGCCCAAGUUCUCGCGCUGGUCCUCCGCUGUCGUCGCUCACGAGAGUGUCAACUUCAUCUGGGACGAGAAGGCCGUCGCAUACAGGACCAAGGUGAAGAGGGCUGCCCUGAAUAAGAAGUAG